AUGACCCCAAAGUGCGAGAGUGGUGAUGCUGGCAAUUCAGAUAUGCCAAAGAGAAGACACAAGGUUCUUUCUUUAAAGAGCAAUCACCUCACAGACUUGUACCGGAGAGACGAAACCAUCCAGGUGACAGGAAAUGGCCACGUGCAGAGUCCCCGCUUCCCAAACAGCUACCCCAGGAACCUGCUUCUGACAUGGCGGCUGCAUUCCCAGGAGAAGACAAGGAUACAGCUGGCCUUUGACAAUCAGUUUGGAUUAGAGGAAGCAGAAAAUGAUAUCUGUAGAUAUGAUUUUGUGGAAGUUGAAGAUGUAUCUGAAACCAGUACCAUUAUUAGAGGACGAUGGUGUGGACACAAGGAAGUUCCUCCAAGGAUAACAUCAAGAACAAACCAAAUUAAAAUAACGUUUAAGUCUGAUGACUACUUUGUGGCUAAACCUGGAUUCAAGAUUUAUUAUUCUGUUGUGGAAGAUUUCCAACCCGCAGAAGCCUCGGAGACCAACUGGGAGUCGGUCACAAGCUCUAUCUCAGACCCAAUACUAACUCGGGAUAAUCCCAGUCCUCUUAACGAGAGAGAUCAUGCCGUCCAUUCGGAGUAUCGGUGGAACCUCAGCCCUGAGUCCACAUCGACCGCGAAGUCUUCAGUGGACCUGGACAGGCUCAAUGAUGAUGCCAAGCGUUACAGUUGCACUCCCAGGAACUACUCCGUAAACUUGCGAGAGGAGCUGAAGCUGACCAACGUGGUCUUCUUCCCGCGGUGCCUCCUGGUGCAGCGCUGCGGGGGAAACUGUGGCUGCGGCACUGUCAACCGCAAGUCCUGCAAGUGCACUUCGGGGAAAACCGUGAAAAAGUAUCACGAGGUAUUAAAGUUUGAUCCUGGCCAUCUCAGGAGGAGGGGUAGAUCGAACUCCAUGGCUCUCGUUGACAUCCAGUUGGAUCACCAUGAGCGGUGUGAUUGUAUCUGCAGCUCCAGACCACCUCGAUAAGAGAAUAUGCAUGUUCACUAAGCAUGGAAGAUCCUCUAGUUCAGUGGUUGGCAAACUGCGGCUCACGAGCCACAUGCGGCUCUUUGGCCCCUUGAG